CAGUAGUACCAGUUGGAGUACUUGUCUGCUGCCGUGCCGUCGUGUGCCACUGUCUGGUCGUUAACAGGAGCUUGGCUUGUUGUCGUUGACGUGAUGGAGCUGGACAAAAUGGAUGAAAACGACUGGAAGUAUCACGGAGAAGGAAACAAGAGCCUGGUGGUCUCACACGUACAGAUUUCCAGAGUUCUCCGUCUGCUCAAGUAUCCAGCAGAGGACUCUGAAAACCCACCACAGACAGCAGAGCAGGCCUUCAGGCAGAUCCAGAACAUUGUUGACUUCAGCUCUAAUGUGAUGAGCAGCCUGCUGGGAGAGAAGUUCAUCCACAGUGGGGAAGUUGUCAAACUGCCGCUAGAGUUUGUACGACAGCUGUCAAUCAAAGUUCAGCAUCAAAGACCAGCAUGGCGGUGUGAUAAGGUGAUGGACAUCUACAGCGGCUGUGCUCUCUGUCUGCCCAACCUGACAUGUCCAGCCCUUCACCAGCCAACACACACUCCUCCACUCUGCAUCGAGAUCAAGCCUAAAUGUGGCUUCCUGCCGUCCUCCAAACAUGUCAGCAAAGACAUCAAGACCAAAGUGUGUCGUUUCUGCAUGCACCAACACUACAAGGUGGCCAAUGGAAAAUGGAAGUCACGCAGUCUGUACUGUCCUUUAGACCUGUUCUCAGGGAACAGACAGAGAAUGCACUUUGCCAUCAGACACCUGAUAGAAGAACCUCAGAACAACUUCAAAAUCUUCAAGGGUGGUCAGUGUAUUUACAGCAGUAAAGAAGGCAGUGACGACUCGUUGGACCUGAACUCUCUGCUUCAUCAUCUCAGACCGUACUUCAUGUACGGAAACAACAGAAUCAACAGUCACAUGACUGGCAAAGCUGUCCUGAACGACUUCAUCCAGGUCCUGGUGAACGCCCUGCUGAGUGGUGGUGGAGGAGGAGAUGGAGGUCUGGUGACGGACAGACGAGGAGAAGGGCGGAGCUUCUGUGAAGCCAGUCUUUUCAACAAGGAGAGGAUUCGCCACGGCUCUCAGGGUUUACCCAGCGACACUGUUUUGUUCAGGAUUCUUCAGACUCAGAUGUUGGACACGUUGGACAUUGAGGGACUUCAUCCUUUGUACCGUCGAGUGGAGCAACACCUGCAGGACUUCCCCAAGGAGAGAACCCAUCAUCAGAUAGACGGGCCGUACAACGAGGCCUUCAUGGAGAAGCUGCAGAAAUGUCCGACUGAUGAUGACGGCUCUGUGGAGUACGCCGUCGCCAAGGUUCAUCAGUAUCGUGUCGCCAUGACAGCCAAGGACUGCUCCAUCAUGGUGGCCCUGGUGCCCAGCACUGAGGAAGAGGAGGAUGAUGAAGGUCUCUCCAGUCAGAGGCGGCUCAGAGACUUCCUCUCCUCCAGACCUCCUGCUUUCUCCUACUCGGUCUCCAUCCUGGAUCUGGACCCGAAGCCGUUCGACAGCAUCCCCCGCCAGCUGCGCCUGGACCAGAGGAUCGUCUCCUGCUACUUGCGGACUGGUGGUGCCUUGCCAAAGGGGUCUCUGCCGCCGCUCCCGGGCAUCUUCACAGCUGCAGAGAGAGAGGACUGCACACUGCUCUUCCACCCUGUGUGAAAGCCCAAGUAGAGCCGGGUGACCCUGAGGACGAGGACUAACUGACGCCAUGCUGAUGCCUCAAACAGAGAGGAGAGACGCCAUGUUGAUCCCAGAGGUCUAGAAUCACUUCAAGAACAGAGCUGUUUAUUCACUGCAGCACUUUCUCCUCCUCACUCAGCUCAUGUUGACAGGUAUUGCCCUCUGGUUCCUGCUACAGCUGCUGCUCAGCAAAAAUAAAAUCUCCAGGAAGUCGCCACUAAAUCACCAGACGUUUAAACGACUUCCAGGUCAUUUUUGUUACCCCUAGAGCUUUUGUGACGUCGCGGCGGCCCGACUUCUCGCUCCUGUCCGGAGGUGAAUCCUACUAUCACCUACCUGUUCUGUCACGACGCAUAUUCAUUAGAGAGCUUAACUUGCAGGGAGCUUUGUUCUUUCCUUUGGUGACAAACAAGGGGAUUAAAGGAUCAGUUCCCCCUAUGUAUGUUGCAACAGGUUUGCUGUAAUAAUCUCACCUGGUCAUUCUUGCCAUUAAGAGAUCCCUUCCUAAUGCACUUUCAAUGAGGGUGGGGGACAAACUCCACAGUCCUCCUUCUCGAGGCUUCAGCCGUCUGAGUUUACACAAAUUAGGUUGGUAACUUUUUAAAGAAAAUUCAGCUUUUCACACAGUAAAACAAAAAUAUUAACUUCCAUUUCUAACAUGUUUGUGCUUCAGUAUCUCUUAUACUCAGUGUGACUUUUUGGUUAUAAAAUUUAAAAAGCGUUUCCUUUACAAGGAGACGGGUGCUAUAACUAGAGUCAAAGGGGUUGAAGGACAUUAGUGUUUUAUUUUGGGUAAAUUAUUUCCUGUAACCUUCCAGAGUUACAGUUCUUGGGUAUAAAUUUUCUUCAGUGAAGGGACAGUAACACAAAGUGGGAAUUUCGAGUGAAACUUGGGAAAAUAUCUUUUUGAUCCGUCUGGACUCAGACAGCUGAAGCCUGAUAUAAACUUGGAGUGUAUUUUAACACAGAAUGAGGACUGUGGAUUUAGUCUCACAUCAUGACCAUGUCUCUUAAUGGACAGUAUGAUCAGGACGGAUGAUUCCAGCACAAAAAACAGUAUCUACGGACACCUGAGUAUUGUUAUAAGACAGACUUGUUUCUUUCCUUUAACCUCCUGAUGAGGACUGAUGCGGUAG